UCGUGUCGUAAUGUUUUUACUGUGUCAGGUCUGUAGGUAAAUCUCUGUCUCAUUUGCAAAGAGUCAAAUGGUUUGUGCAGCAGAUAGUUGACCUGUGAGUGUCUGCUAGUCAAAUGAAUGUCCUGAUACAGAGCAGUGAGCUGUACAGCUUGAAGCUGGAGGCCGAGCAGCAGCAGCAGCAGAUCAUCGCUGGAGACGUCUCACAUCAGUGUUAUCGUGAUGAUGAAGAGCGGCCUCUCUGGAGCCUUCCUCCUCCUCCUCUUCCUCCUCUGCACUCCUGCAGAGUCUGGACUGGGAGAAGUGCUGAGGAAACGAUAUGAUUAUUACAAAAACAAUCAUCGCAACUGGGAGGAAGCGCAAAGCCACUGCAGAGGCCAAUACAACCGCGACCUGGCCAUCAUGUAUUCACAGGCGGAUACAGAGGGUCUGGACAUUGAUGAUUAUUUCUCGUGGAUCGGCCUGAUCAGAGACUCUCAGAGACACUGGCAUUGGUCGAACGAAGAUGAAUCCAACUUCGAGCCCUGGGCACAGGAUGAACCUGACGAAAAAGAUGACUGUGUCUUCGUUACUUAUGACGACAUCUCACGUUUUCACGCAACCAGCUGUGACCAGUAUUUUUUCUUCAUCUGUCACGAACCCCACGACGACCAUUAUCAUUAUAAGUUUGAACUUAAGUCGAAGACGUGGUGGGAGGCCCAGACGUACUGCAGGGACGUUUACAACGAUCUGUCAACUUUCACAGAGGCCUCCGACCUGGACGAUGUUGAACUUCCAGAGGACUUUCCUGUCUGGACGGGACUGCACAAAUACGAGGGAGCAUGGAAGUGGACCAGAGGCUUGUCGGAGUACAGAGGUUGGUCAGACGCUGAGCCGGGAAACAACAACGACUGUGCCUCCAUCUCUUCUCUGAGUAAAAAGAUGUCCGCCACAGACUGCAACCUCCGCUACCCCGUCCUCUGCUACUGGGACAACCUGGUCCUGGUGAACGAGAGCAAGACGUGGGAGGAGGCGCUGGAACACUGCAGAGCGCUCGGGAACCACGACCUGGUCAGCGUGCAGCCUGGAUCGGAGCAUAGCUACAUGAUGAAGAGGGUCAUAGAGGCCCACACUGACGAGGUGUGGACGGGCCUUCGAUUCCUGGCCGGUGAAUGGUUGUGGGUGAACGGGGCAGAUUUGCAGUACACUGACCUGCCCGCCUGCCCCCUGGAGCAGCAGCACUGUGGAACCUUGUCCAAGCAAGGCGACGUCAAGACCAGAAACUGUUCAGAGAAAAGGAACUUCCUUUGUUACUUCUACUAA